CGGCGCGGGUUGUGCUUCUCGCUGUCCCUGGCCUGGUUGCUUUCGGCAUGGAGGAGAUUUAUGCCAAGUUUGUGUCACAGAAAAUCAGCAAGACCCGCUGGCGACCGGUACCUCCGGGGAGCCUGCAGACCGCGGAGACUUUCGCCACAGGCUCUUGGGACAAUGAGGAAAAUUAUGUUUCACUGUGGUCUAUUGGAGAUUUUGGGAACUUGGACUCUGAUGGAGGAUUUGAAGGAGACCAUCAGUUAUUGUGUGAUAUCAGACACCAUGGUGAUGUAAUGGAUUUACAAUUUUUUGACCAGGAAAGAAUUGUAGCUGCUUCAUCAACAGGAUGUGUAACAGUUUUCCUUCACCAUCCGAAUAACCAGACUCUGUCAGUCAGCCAGCAGUGGACAACAGCUCAUUACCACACGGGUCCAGGCAGUCCUUCCUGUAGCAGUGCACCAUGCACAGGUGUUGUGUGCAGCAACCCAGAAAUUGUCACAGUUGGAGAAGAUGGUCGAAUAAAUCUCUUCAGAGCUGAUCACAAGGAAGCUAUAAGAACUAUAGACAAUGCAGAUAGCAGUACACUCCAUGCUGUAACCUUUCUUCGAACUCCUGAGAUUCUUACAGUAAAUUCAAUUGGACAGUUAAAAAUAUGGGAUUUUAGACAACAAGGAAAUGAGCCCUCUCAGAUAUUAUCACUGACUGGUGACCGAGUGCCACUCCACUGUGUUGAUAGACAUCCCAACCAGCAGCAUGUUGUAGCUACCGGUGGUCAGGAUGGAAUGUUAAGUAUUUGGGAUAUUAGACAAGGUACGAUGCCCGUGUCUCUACUGAAGGCUCAUGAAGCUGAAAUGUGGGAAGUUCACUUUCACCCAUCCAACCCAGAUCAUCUGUUUACUUGUUCUGAAGAUGGAUCUCUCUGGCAUUGGGAUGCCUCCACAGAUGUUCCUGAGAAAUCAUCACUCUUUCACCAAGGAGGAAGAAAUAGUACUUUUUUGUCUCAUAGCAUUAGUAACCAAGCUAAUGUUCAUCAGUCUCUUAUAAGCUCCUGGCUCAUCACUGAUCCUGCCAAAGACCGUAUUGAAAUCACAAGCUUGCUUCCCAACAGGACUUUGUCUGUGAACAGUUUGGAUGUUUUAGGUCCUUGUCUUGUUUGUGGAACCGAUGCAGAAGCAAUUUAUGUUACUAGACAACUUUUUUCAUGAAGAUACUAAAAGAUUUCAUGUAAAACAUACAGUUACAGCCUUUCAAAUUCCAGCUUCUCUAUGCAAAUUUUUAUGAUUGGAAUAUGUGAAAUUUGCAGGGGAAGCACCCGUAAGCUAUUGUUAAUUUUGAUGCCCAGUUUCAGCUUUUGUUGAAUAUUCUUCUAAUAGUUAGUAGCUAGAGUCUGAUUAAGGACUGAUGGCAAAAGAAUUGGACCGUGUGGAAGAACAUGAGAGGGAUCCUCGUGCUGAUAAACGCACUGCCUUCAGCACAAUUCUGCACAGCGCAGGGAACCAACUCUUCAUUUCUGAUGUAGGGCUCAAAAAUGUCAAACCACCAAUGGGUUCCUAUCCUUUUUGUCAACGGUAUGUGGGGUAUACCCCUCCCUGGUGGCCUUAGCUAGUAUUUAUUCUUUUUACUACAAGUAUUUUCUUCAGUUCUUCCACAUUUUAUUCCCUUAAUAAUUUUUGUAAACUUUUUUCAGAAAGAAUUGAGAACAAAAAUGGCAAAAUUUUUGUAGUGUUCAAAUUUUUUUUAAGGUGAAAAUGUUUUGACAGUUUCCUUUACUAGAAUGGGUUUGAACAGAACUCUGUCAGCUCCUUAGACCCAACUUUAUUUCUCUUGAAAAGAAAAAAGACAAGUACAUUUUUCCUAAGGAUUUUUGCUUUUAUUUAGUUUUACAACGUAGUUGAAAAUUGCUGAAUUGGACAUUGUGCAAUAAAAUAGGAUUUGACAUUGAUAAAUGAGCUGACUUACAAACGAAUUUGAUAGGUAACAUGCAAGAGACAAGUAUGAUGAUGUGGUAGGAGUAUAGAGUUUCGCCAUCUUUAUCUUUAAUGUUAAUGAUGACCUAACAUACAGUGUUUUAAGACAAUUUUAUGAUACUGUCUUUCUAAAGUUUGUUAGAUUAAAUGCAUUAUUGAACUGUUAAGACCUUAAUGACAAAUCCCUCCUAUUAUACAAUUGAAGUGUAUGUUUAUUUACUUUACAAUUCCAACAAUAAUUACUAUGAAGUUUUGUCUUUCCGUCCCAAUAAAUAUUUGCAGUUUUUUUAUGCCACCUUACCUCAGGGUUUUUUGGAUUUUGUUUUUUUGUUAACAGUUUAAAAUGGAAUACAUAUAUGCAUCUGCUGUUUCAUAUAUAUUUGGCUCAAAAAUAUGUGACUGCAUGGACUUGCCUCGCGGUCCAGUGGUUAAUGCAGGGGGCACAGGUUCGAUCCCUGGUCGGGGAACUAAGAUCCCACAUGCUGCACAGCAUAGCCUAAAAAAAAAAAAAAUCGACUGAAGAUAAUUAGUAACUUUGAAUUCCAAAGAAUCAGAGAAGGAGAGAAAAUGUUGCUGAUAGGAAUUCUUAAUCUGUUUAUAGUUUUAUUGCUGGGGCUAAUUUUUUAAACUUUCUGUUAUUACAAAAGUCAUUUAUUGUAGAAAAGACAGUCAAAAGUUUUAAGUACUUAAUCUCAAAGAGAGACAAUUCUUUUCAUACUGUCUUCUAUCCAUCAAUGUAGGUUUUCUGUAAAAAAAAAAUGAAAUAUACAUGUUAUAUUUGUAGAUGCACAUUCUCUAGCAGUCAACACAUGAAUUCAAUAAUAAAAAUACAGCUAAGAAUUUUCCUCUGACUUUAUAUUUCCCUUGGUAUGAAUGUCUUGUUGCAGCCUAAGCUACAGUGUCCCUCUCUUCAUCCAGUACAGGCAUCCUCCCCUUCUACUCGGCAGGCUAACAUCUUUGCUUUGAACGGCCCAGAGUUGAUCUCAUCCCUGAAAGACCCUAGCUCCCAGGUGGCACAUUUUCUGUGUACAGUAAAUGGCAAACUUGUGCCUC